CUGAGAAUCCCCCUGGGAGUGGACCGUGUCAAAUUUGAAGCCCACUGAAAGAGAGGGAGCAUGAAGAUCCUAAAAGGGAUCCAAGAGAAUUUGGGCAGAGCUGCUGCACAUCACGAUUUGAAAGGCAUCUUGGAGCAUUCUCAGAAGAAUUCCUUAGCAUCAGUCACCCUAGCUCGCUCCAAGAGUCUGGUGAUGGGGGAACAUAACCGGAGCCCAGGGAGGCCCCUGGCUCCCCACAAACUGGGCCCUGUACUCAAGGCCGGCUGGCUGAGGAAGCAGAGGAGCAUCAUGAAGAACUGGCAGCAGCGAUGGUUCGUGCUACGUGGAGAUCAACUCUUCUACUACAAAGACAAAGAUGAGAGCAAGCCCCAGGGAUUUAUUUCUCUACAAGGGACACAAGUGACCGAACUUCUUCCAGACCCUGAGGACCCAGGGAAGCACUUGUUUGAGAUCACACCAGGUGGUUCCGGGGAGCGAGAGAAGGUGCCAGCCAACCCUGAGGCGCUCCUGCUCAUGGCCAGCUCCCAGCGUGAUAUGGAGGACUGGGUGCAGGCCAUCCGCCGUGUCAUCUGGGCCCCGCUGGGCGGAGGUACUUCCCGUAGCUCGCAUGCCCACCCUGUAGAACCCUUGUCUACAGGGAUCUUUGGGCAGCGGCUGGAGGACACAGUGCACCAUGAGAGGAAGUAUGGCCCCCGUCUGGCACCUCUGCUGGUGGAGCAGUGUGUGGACUUCAUCCGGGAGCGAGGACUCAGUGAAGAAGGGCUCUUCCGUAUGCCUGGCCAGGCCACCCUGGUGAGGGACCUGCAGGAUUCCUUUGACUGUGGUGAGAAGCCACUGUUUGACAGCACCACAGAUGUGCACACAGUGGCCUCCCUGCUGAAGCUCUACCUUCGGGAGCUCCCAGAGCCAGUCAUCCCUUUCGCCAGGUAUGAGGACUUCCUCAGCUGCGCCCAGCUGCUCACCAAGGACGAGGGGGAGGGGACUCUGGAGUUGGCUAAACAAGUGAGCAAUCUUCCUCAGGCCAACUACAACCUGCUCAGAUACAUCUGCAGGUUUCUGGAUGAAGUGCAGGCCCAUUCAAAUGUCAACAAGAUGAGUGUCCAGAACUUGGCAACAGUCUUUGGCCCUAACAUCCUUCGGCCACAGAUAGAGGAUCCAGUGACCAUCAUGGAAGGCACUUCCUUGGUUCAGCAUCUGAUGACUGUCCUCAUCCGCAAACAUGGACAGCUCUUUGCCUCAGCUUCCCUUGAAGAACCUGCUUCCCCACCUAGAACUGUCCAGGGCACAGCAGAGUGGGGCUCCGAAGAGGUUCCCAGUGACCACCAGGGUGAGCCUGGCAGCUCUGGCUUGCCCACACACAGGACCUCAUCUCUGGAUGGGCCAGCUGCAGCAGUACUCUCUAGAACUUCUCCCCAACACCUUGGCAGCCAGACUGGCCCUGCAGCCACCAGCCCUGGGAAGAGGAUGCAUACUCUGCCUGGCUGGAAGUCCUCCUUCCGGCAGGGGUCCCGGUCAGAGAGCCCAAAGGGGGGCAGUUCAUCCUUAGAGGUACCCAUCAUCUCUGGUGGGAACUGGCUCAUAAAUGGACUAUCCUCUCUGCGUGGCCACCGUCGGGCCUCAUCAGGGGACCGUCUGAAGGAUACAGGCUCAGUACAGAGACUCUCCACCUAUGACAACGUGCCCCCAUCCAGCCACUUUCCUAGCACUGCCAGCAUGGCCAGCAUGUCAUGGUCUAUAGCCUCAUCAUCCCAAGAGGCCUCUGUUAGCAGCUGCACAGCCUGCCGGGCCAGCGACUCUUCUGCCUGUAGCUCCUUACACACCGAGUGGGCUCUUGAGCCCUCUCCCCUCCCCAGUAGCAGUGAGGACCACAGGUCACCAGACCUGGGCCACAGCCUGGAUGAGGCAUGUGUGGGCAGUGGCAGCAGUGAGCCCAAUGACCCAGGCAGCCCCACACUGGCUCAUGUCCACCGCUGCCGAGCUCUCCAGGGCCAAGUGGCUGAGCUCAGGGCAGAGCUGUGUCAACAGAGGACUGAGUAUGAGAGGAGCCUGAAAAGCAUUGAGGAGGGCAGUGCUGACUUGCGAAAGCAGAUGUCUCGGCUGGAAGAGGAGCUGGACCAGGAGAGGAAGAAGUACGCCAUGCUGGAGAUAAAGCUGCGGAACUCAGAGCGGGCACGUGAGGACGCAGAGCGCAGGAACCAGCUGCUGCAGAGGGAGAUGGAGGAGUUCUUUGCCACUCUGGGAAGCUUGACUGUUGGGACCAAAGGGGCCAGAGCCCCAGAGUGAAAGGAGCAAAAGUACAUGCCUGAAUAUGUCUGCUCACUCUCCCUGCAGGGCUGGCCACAGGCUGCAGAGGAAGCCAGAAGCUUCAAGUUUGGGCCAGGCUACCAGCAGGGCCAUCUGCCCCCAAGCGCCACAUAGAAAGAGCCUGACAGCCCCACAAGGACUAUCAGGAUCCCACAUAGUCCAGGCAGGAUCUGGAUGCUUCUCCAAACCUAUGGGUCCCAGCAGGUGUCAGAAGGGACAGUGCCAAGAUCAGCAGUAGCCUCUUAUCCAGGAAAAGUCCCCAGUGGCCACUCAAAAGGAUGGCACCUAAGAGCAGGGCCACCACCAAGAACUUUACUCGUUAUUAAAUGUGCUCUGAAAGCAUAGCGCCUCUCACCAGCCUAAUUCUUCAUGUCUGUGCCAAGUGGAGUUUACCAAGUGAGACAUUUCUUGAAAGGUUGAGUGUCUCCUGAGGGUCCCAGCACUAUGGUUCCCUCAACUCUCCCACCUCAGAGCCUCUGGAUACUUCUUGCCCCACAAGCCCUCUGGGCUGCCCUGUGUAGCCUGCUUUCCUCUGCAGGACCUCAGCUCUGCUCUGGAGGCAGGCUGGGCCUGCAGGAGAGCAGAGCUGGCGGGUCCUCUGGAUGUCUCCCACUUUAUAGCAGGCCUGACCCACCUUCCAGAUCUGGGAGUGAGAGAGGCUGUGUAAUUUCCAUGUCUUCCUACUCUAGACAUCCUCACACCUUAAGUGUCCCCCUAUCCCAUUCCAGGCAGCUCAGACAUAUUAUGGUAGCUGCAACAAAAUGCAGAAAGUAUUUACAGCUGGUGUGGCAUGAGAGCAACUCUAGCUAGAGCAAUGGGAUCCUGAGAGACAGCUGGCCACAUAUCCACUGGCCCAUGGAAACAUUCUAGAAAUGCCCAGAUGUCUCUCUCCUCUGUUUCUACAUCCAGUCAAGCAGACAAUAAAAAAUGAUCAUCA